GUUUGCGAGCUUGUGGGGGCGGAAGACAGGCGUCAUUCUCUGGAACCUAGGGACUUCCUCUCUCUGCUUGUCUGGGUCAACUUGUCUGUCCAUCGCUGGCCCAUCUCUCUCUGGCCCUCUCUCACUCUCAGCAGCUGUCUCUCACAGGCCCGCUGCCCUGCCUUUUCUUUCCCGCUAUUGCCUCCUGCUCCGCCUGCCUGGGUGGCCGCCAUGGGCCGGAAGCGGUUCAUCACUGACUCCUACCCUGUUGUGAAGAAGAGGGAGGGGCCCCCUGGGCACUGCAAGGGGGAGCUGGCACCAGAGCUAGGGGAAGACAUCCAGUCCCUCAGCCAGGAGGACGCAGAGCUGGAGUUGCUGAGGCAGUUUGACCUGGCCUGGCAGUAUGGGCCUUGCACAGGUAUCACACGGCUACAGCGCUGGCAUCGGGCAGAGCAGAUGGGCUUGAAGCCCCCCCUAGAGGUGCACCAGGUGCUGAAGACACACCCUGAAGACCCCCGCUUCCAAUGCAGGAUCUGUGGGAGGGUCAGGAGACGGCUGAGCAGACAAAGGUGCAAGUCUGACAACCUGAAUUUGAUUCCUGGAACCACAGAGCCUGAAGAGGAGCUGCCCCGGGCUCCGGGCCCGGAGAAGGCUCUGAAGAUGAGAACUAGCCCAAGGUGGGGCUACCGGGAGAGAUGCGAGCGAGCUCCCCAUUACCGCGAGUGUUCAAGUCGGGGCUGCCGAGUCAGGCGGGAGUUGAACGGAGACCCUGAGCGCAGGGUUUUUCUGGCCCUGCCUGUCGGAGUUGGGUGUUUCCAGGCGGUUCUGCGCCGCUUGAGCACCGGUGUAAAAUCCGUGAGUUGAUUCGAGAAACAGACGUCUCCGUGCCCGGAGUCAGGCUCCUGGAUUGAAAUCUAGAAACCCAGGAUCGGAUUGAGGCUCUCUCAGACACUCGGCAGUUUCUUCUGAGUCUUGGUUCCUCAACACCGGUGGUUGUAAAGCUGACCUUUGUCACUCUGAGAGUAUUGCAAGUUGACUUGGGCGGGCAGGCUGGAUGGCCCGUGAAGGAGGUAGACUUUCCCAUUUAUUGUAAAUAGGUGCAACUUCCUGGAAGGAAAUUAGGCAAUGUCUCGCGAAAUUAAAAAUGCAUAUCUUUGCUUUAGCAAUUUUAGAACUAUGUCCUACAGACUUAGUAGCAAACAAAAUAUUUUUUUGCUGCGGACAAGGAGAAGAGACCUUAGUGAAAUGUUACUUGGAAUGGGAUUUUUAGAAAACGUAAACAGACUGUUCAUCAAUAAAUGGUUGCUUAUAUAGCCGAGCAAGUGGCAUAAACCUUUAAUCCCGACACUGGGGAGGCAGAGGCAGGCAGAUCUCUGAGUUCAAGGCCAACCUGGUCUACAGAGUGAGUUCCAGGAUAGUUAGGGUUACAAAGAGAAACCUUGUCUCAAAAAAUAAAUUAAAAAAAAAUUAAAGGUUACUUAAAUACAUAAGAGCCUGUGAAUUUGAAUAUGUAUGGUUAUUUUUUUUUUAUGUGUGACGCUUGGUGUUGAACUCAGGGCCAUGACAUGCUAGGCAAACCCUUUACCACUGAAAAAGCUAUGGCUGGCAUUUUAAAAUUGGGGCAUAUCUUUAUGUGAAAGUUAUGUGAAACUUAUGGUUUGAAAAUUAUUUCAAAGUGCUCUACAGAACUUUGUUGCUGUUGUUGCUUGGAGACAGGGUUUCACUCUGUAGACCAGGCUGGCCUGGAACUUCCUCUGUAGACCAGGCUGGCCCAGAACUCACAGAGAUCCACCUGCCUCUGCCUUUUGAGUGCUGGGAUUAAAGGCGUGCGCCACCACCGCCUGGCCUAGAAUUUUACUGUGCUGUUGUCUGGGGCCAGUGGGAGGACACCUGCCACCGAGACUGAAUACCUGAGUUGGGUCCCUGGAACCUACAUGUUGGGGGAACCUGACUCCCUCCGGCUGUUCUCUCGUUCUCACCACAAGCCAUGGCAUCUGUGUGCACAUGCACACCAAGUACACAAAUGUAAUUAAAGAUUGUAUAUGCUAUCACCUACAUUUCCAAAGAAUACACACACUAGUAUAUUUGA